CUUUGUUAUUAAGCUUUCCAAUUUUAUCCCUUUCUCUUUCAGUAAAACUCCAAAAGUUGUGGGAUUAUUGUAGUCAUUAGCUAAAAGCAAUGCUUAAUUUUUUGUGUGCAGGCAUCAAUUACCCGGGGCAAUUGCCGGUCCACAAUUGGGAGAAGCAGCUCAUCGUCUUAUUAAGAACACUCUUAGCAUAAGGUCAAACAAUGGAGGAUUGCUCGAUCAGCCUCUAUAUAAUAACAGUGCUGGUAACAAUCAUAUCUCCAACAGAAGCAAAAUGCCUGCUCCUCAUUAUGGAAGAGGCGGCUAUGGUGAUGAUCAAAGCUACCGUUAUGGACACAACAACUACUACCAACAGGGUGGGCCUCGAUAUCCAAACCCAAUGAAUGGCGUCCAAGGACCUCGGCACAACUUUAGACCACCAGAGAGGGUACCGCAGAACCACGAAAAACCCCGUGACCUGAGGAUGGGAAUGUACACUUUGACACUAGAUGAAGAGACCACCCGAGUCAGGCCACCUCCAGUGCUGUUACAGCGGAGGCCGAAUUCAGGAUUUCUGAAGAACUCAAACCACCAGUAUGAGCAGACCCCCGCGGGUCCCAUUCCUUCGCCACCUACCAAGUGGAUCAAUAGCAUACCGGAUGGAGUGGCGGGCACUUAUUUUAGACAAGAAACAGCGACAAGAAGUGUGAAUGAGAAGCAGCAGGUGAAACAGGUUUAUCUUAUCAAGAACCGGGCAGCUCCGGAAGCUUCAAAUGCCGUAGCUGAUCCAAGCCACCAGUAGCAUUGCAGAGCGGGAUGUGCAACUUUUAACAUGUUCUCCCUCGUCCAAGGUGUUGUACCAUCUCCACCUAAGUCAGCCAUUGGAUGUUUUGGUCAAUUUGUGAGGAUGGCAUAUACCUUAAAGAUGCAGGAGCUGUUAGGGAAAAAGUGUAUACAAGUAGGGUUGUUGUAAUGCCUGGGUUAUUUGUUAGGUCUCUUGAAAGGUAGAAAAUGUGGAUUCAUCCUUGUGGAGUUCUAUACUGGAGAAGAGUCAGUUAGUUGCGCAUGAUUCAAGAUAGGUGUAAUUAUUUUCUUAGUAUCCUUGUAAUAGGUGUUUAUUUAUGCUUAUAUCAUUUGUGGCAAUGUCUGUUUUCGUUAUUCAAAGACAAACAACUUCUAUAAAGAUUAUCAUUUCCGUUUCAAAAAGAAAAGGAUCAUUAUUUCUUGGGGGAACUUUUGAGCUGUAUGACUACUGUGAACGUGAUAAGUUCUGCAGGUGGCAUGCGGCAAGGCUGUUGGUGACCUGGCGAGGAUUCCUGAUGGCGCACAGGGGAGACGAGAGAAAUAACUCAUGCUCUUGCUAUUCUUGGUAUGUAUCAAGCUGGAACAUGAUGGUUUGGUUUGCUCCCCCCUUUUUUUUUUUUUUUUGCAGAAGACUAACCAUCUGAUCCUCCUUGAGGUGGUUGCUAGGUGUAAAAGAGACUCUCAUGCUUGCUAGCUGAUUGACACUGCAAGAUCUUGAGGAGGUUCAACUCUAGAGCUGAUUGGGUGGUAAAGUUCAGUACUCUCAAGGUUCUUU